AUGGCCGACCCGAUCACUGCUUUGGCGACUGUGGGCACUAUCUCAAGCUUCAUCCAGAUCAUCGACUUCUCUGUGAAAGUGCUCUUCAAUGCUGGGAAACUGAUGCGUGCAAAAGCUGGUGAAGAUGACCCAGAGACCUUGCUUCGCUUGACCAAGCAGUAUACUGGACUGGCGGACCAAGUACAAAACGCCCAGCAGAGACCGCUGACGGCUGACGAAGCCAGCGUAGGCCAGCUCGCGGAGCAAUGUCAGGACGUUUCAAGUGAACUAAUACACCUGCUCGAAGGCUUGACGGUGAAAGACACGCCAAGCAAGGCUAGAAAAGCAGCGAAGGCCAUCAAAAGUGCUGGAAAGAUGGUUUGGAAGAGGAAGGAGAUCGAGCAGAAGCAACAGCGACUACAGGAGCUUAAUGGUCUACUUGGUACUGCUAUGUUAGACGUCUUAAAGACGACUCAGAUGGCCUUUCAAGAAGAUCUCUUCGACCAGAUGGACCAGGACACUCAAGCCGUUCUUGCCGCUGUGCGAGCUGCUACAGGUGCUGUGACGACAGAGGCCAACCGACAGGUGGCGAAAGGAGCGCGUAUUGCGAAUAGUCUUAAGUUCCCCGAUAUGCUCCGCCGCCGUGGUGAUGUCGUGAACUGCUAUGCCUCUACAGCUGAGUGGGUGUUCGACAAAGAUCGACAUCUUCGAUCGUGGCUGCAAGAAGGCAAAGGCAUCUUUUGGAUUGCUGGUAAAGCAGGAUCUGGCAAGUCCACGCUAAUGAAACGUUUGUGCAGUCAUGCCACAACACAGAAGCUAUGUCAGCAGUGGGCUGGCGACGACUGCCAUCUGGUCCGCGCAGAGUUCUUCUUCUGGUACCUGGGAUCCGCUAUGCAACGUAGUGUGGCUGGCCUACUGCAGAGUAUAUUGUACCAGAUCUUGGCCGGCUGUCCAGACCUCGUCAGACGAGUUUGUCCUGCUAGGUGGUCUUGUGCCGACAAUGAUAUCGGUGAAACAUAUCCAUGGUCAGAAGACGAACUCGAAGAAGCUCUCAAAAAGGUCUCCCAGGAGGAGUGUCGCGCAUUUGUCGGAACGGGUCAGGAUCGGCAGGAGGUACCUGUGCGGUUCGUGUUCUUCAUCGACGGGCUGGACGAGUACGCAGGUAACCAUCGUGAGCUGACGGAGCUAUUAUUGGCUCUUGCCAGUAGUGAUCACGUGAAGCUCUGCGUCUCCAGUCGGCCAUGGAACCCAUUCAGCAAUGCUUUUGAGCUCGAUAAGCAGUACCUACGACUCGAAGAUCACACAUCAAACGACAUUGCGCUUUAUGUGACUGGUCAGUUAUCACAAGCAGAGAAGAAGCAUCGACACCAUCGCAUAGCUACCGCUGGCUCAACGAAAGAGAGCGGACUCCUUGCUAGCACCAUCAUCGAGAAGGCCAAUGGCGUCUUCUUCUGGGUGUUCCUUGUUGUCAGGUCGCUACAAGAUGGCUUUACGAAUGGCGACAGCAUCCAGCUGAUGCGCAAACGGGUAGAAGAGCUACCUAGCGAGCUCGAGGAGUAUUUCGCCUUGAUACUGCAACGUCUAGACCCGACAUACAAACGUCUGGCUGCUCAGACCUUACAUCUUGCAAUGCUAGCUGCGAGCUCGCAUCCGCCGGGUACCCUCACAGCGGCGCCCGAAACCGCAUGGAUCUCUUUCCUUGAUCUAUGGCCACUGCAUGAGCGUCCCGAUUAUUUUGAGCACGCGGGUUUCCAUGUUCGAGCGGAAAUACGAGAAUACACAAGUCCCCAGGUAUCCGAUAUCUUGCUGCAAGUCACACGCAUGGUCCGAGCCUGGUGCCGUGACUUCAUACACAUACCAGCGAGCUUUGCGAUACAAGAAGCAAAACGAGAUGGUGACCUCCUGGACUUGGCAAAAAUACAGUUCUUACAUCGCACGGUCUAUGAUUUCCUCGUCACGGACAGUGUGCAGGAGAUGAUGCAUAGACAUGUCCCACAACACAUGUAUCAUGAUGUCUUUGUCACGGAACUGGCAAUCGCGAACUUGAAACUUGUGCUCGCGUCGGAGAAGAGUAAAGUCUCGCACCGAUUCUGGGUGCUUUUCAAUAAGGCUUGUGCGCCAGCCGGCUGUGUCCAGGACCAUUCGGAGAGGCGACUGGAAGCACUUGCUGAAUUCGAUCGCCUGGGAGCACAAUUCUAUCAUGGUUACGGCUCGAGCGAGGACGUCCCACGUUAUUGCAAGAUCGUCUACGGCGUGUCUGGUGUUCGCGAUUUGAUGCAACUUCCUCUUUCCCAUCUCGACUUGAAUGGCCCACUGGUCAGGUUCCGGUGCUACUCGCUCGCGACGGCAUUGUUGGUCGAGAAGUUGAAAGACUUCCGAUCACCCUGGUCGGUUGCGAAGAACUCAUGGCCCGGGACGUCGAAUGGAACUGGUCGCACUCCACCAACCUAUCCUCCUCCGCCGUCUACAUCUGAUACAAUCUUCUUUGCACCGACGAAAUGGCAGUUGGCGACCAUGUUGAUCGCAGCCAUAGUCAAGACCGACUGGUUACCGGAGAAUCCUGCCAGAUCUACCUACCCAAGGUCGAACAUGGCAGUCAUAAGAAAAGCGCUAGCAGCUGGUGCAAACGUGGAUAUCGUCGUAGCACUCGAGUGCUUCGCUAACGCAAGGAAGAUGACAUGCUGGCAAGCUUUUCUCGAGCAUUGCGUGCUCCGUUCAUCGGCUGAGCCACAUGUGGACGAGAACGCCUGGCCCGUGGCGAAGAUGCUUCUGGUGAGUGGUGCGGAUCCAGAGGUUCGUGUGGGUGUUGGAAAAUAUGGUCAACAGAGGAUCAUCUAUCUGUUCGAGGCACUAAGGGUCAUUGCGCCUGUGGAGGUUGAGGAUAGUGAGAUACGGGGAUUGAUUCGGAAGCAUUCUUCCAUUCAUGCUCGUGCGCUGAUUAUGCAGAGACGUGAGGAGUUGGAGAGUAAGGGCAUGCAUGCCGGGAUGAACGACGCAUCUGUGGUAUGA